AUGCCCACCGCCGAGUGGAGCAUCAACGGAAAGGUGGUCCUCCCUGAUGAGCGGCUCUACUCGGAGGUGAACGCCGAGUUUACCAUUCUGCUGAACAAGAAGGCGAAACGGGAGGAUGGCGGCACGUACACGCUGAAGCUGACCAAUCCGAUUGGCUCCGACGCUGCCUCUUGUCGCGUCCUGGUGGUCGACGUUCCCGGAAAGCCGCAAGGACCUUUUGAGGCGUCGGACACUACACCAGAAACGAUGUCCCUCAGCUGGCGGCCGCCGCUGGACGAUGGCGGCUCGCCGAUUACCAACUACGUGCUGGAGAAGCAGGACCAGGCCGGUUCGAAGCAGUGGGUCAAGUGCAGCGCCUUCAUCCGCUCCUGUCACUUUGAGGUGAUGGGCCUGGAGGCGAACCACCUUUAUCACUUCCGGGUGCGUGCGGAGAACCAGUACGGCGGCGGGGAAGCGAUUCAAACGGACAAACCAAUCAAGGCCGCUUUCCCCUUCACAGUACCCGACCCACCAGGUCGACCCACGCCCACUGACACCGAGCGCAACAAGGUCCACCUCAGCUGGGACCGCCCCCUCAAGGACGGCGGCUCGAAGAUCCAGGGGUACACGGUGGAGUACAAGGACCCCAGUGAUGGCCGGUGGAUGAUCGGCAAUGCGGAGCUGAUCAAGGGCACCACCUUCACGGUGACCGGUCUGGUGAACGAUCGCGAGUACGAGUUUAGGGUGAAGGCAAAGAACGCCGCCGGCUACUCGGUGCCCGGCCCCAGCUCGGGCCUGGUCAAUCUGAAGGGCAAGCUGGGCGUUCCCUCGCCACCUCGAGACCUGCAGGUGGUGAAGAUUGGCCGCAACUAUGUGGAUCUGAAGUGGGAGCCGCCGCUGAAGGAUGGCGACUCACGGAUUACCGGAUACCUGGUGGAGCGACGCGAGGUGGCCGGCUCCCACUGGUACCGCGUGAACGACUAUGGCGCUCUGGACUGUACCUACACGGUGCUCAAUCUACCCGAACACUCCGAGUACGAGUUCCGCGUGUCGGCAAUCAACGCCGCCGGCCAGUCGGAGCCCGUCUACACGUCGGCUCCGGUGAAGAUCACCGAAUUCGCCGGCGGCGCCAAGCCUGAAUUUGUCCGAAAACUCUUCACCAAGUCGACCAACCUCCACACGGAGAUUACCUUUGAGUGUGAGGCGAUUGGCAAGCCGCUGCCGCACGCGCGCUGGUUCAAGAACGGUCGCGAGAUUACCGCCGGUUUCGGCGGCCAGGGCCGCUUCAAGACGCUCGAAACGGACGAGGGCGUCUUUAAGCUGGUCAUACUGGACAUUCAGGAGGGCGACGAGGGCGACUACACCUGCGAGGCGUACAACACCUUUGGGGCGGACCGAACGACCGCUCCGCUACGGUUGGCCGCCGCACCGGAGAUUACCCGCUGCCCGCCGGAGGUGUUCCUCACCGAAGCGGACAAUGGCAAGAUCAAGAUCCACUACAGCGGAUCGUCGCCUUUUGAGGUGACGAUCACCAAGUCGGGCUCGGGCCCCCUCUCCGAGGAGGGCGACGGCCACGUGAAGUACACCGUCUUCGACGAGUACGCGGUGGUGUACAUUGCCGAGGUACGGAAGGGCGACGAGGGCGCCUACGCCAUCACCGUGAAGAACGACAGCGGCCAGGCGUCGGCCAACUUUACCGUCGUGGUUACCGGCCUGCCCGGCCCGCCUACCGGCCCCCUGGAGGUGGGCGAGGUGACGCGAAACACCGUUUCCCUCCAUUGGAAGCCCCCUAAAUCGGAUGGCGGCCGAAAGGUGACCCACUACGUGGUGGAGCGAAAGGAGGUCGGAAGUGGUGGAACGAACAACUGGAUCACCGCCUCAAGCGUCGUCCGCGAGUGCUCCUUCACGGUGCAGGGACUGACCGAGGGCGGGGAGUACCUCUUCCGGGUGUUUGCCGUCAACGAGAAUGGCCAAUCGGCCUCGGCGCUGGAGGGCGAGAAUCCCGUCACGCCGAAGCUGCCAUUUGACCCACCGUCGGCGCCUGGCGUACCGGAGGUGACCGCUGUUGGAGGGGACUUUGUGAACCUCAGCUGGAGCAAGCCGGAGUCGGAUGGCGGCGCCCGCAUUCAGGGCUACUAUGUGGAGAAGCGCGAGCCGGGCAGUGGCCAUUGGCAGCGGGUCAACCUGGCGCUGGUGCACGCCACGCAGAUCAACAUUGCCCACCUGAUUGAGGAUCGCGAGUACGAGUUCAGGGUCUUUGCGGUGAAUGAGGCCGGCCAGUCGCCGCCUUCAGAGGCGAGCCGACCGAUCAGGGUCAAGGACCCCGACGUGGCCGUGCCGCCGGAGUUUAUCGAGCCGCUGAGAACGGUGCACGCAGUUGAGAAUCGAAACGCGGAGUUCCGCUGCACUGUGACCGGUGUGCCGAAGCCGACCAUCACCUGGUACAAGGGCGUUCGGGAGCUGUUUGACGGGGGCAAGUUUACCAUGCUCCGCGACGGCGACAGCUACAUUCUCAAGAUCAACGGCGUCUACGGAGAGGACGCCGAUGAGUACUCGGUGAAGGCGACCAAUAAGGCCGGAACGCGAUCGAGCCGCGCCGAGCUGAUCAUCAAGACGGCGCCGAAGAUUUACGUCCCGCCGAGAUUUAGGGAGGCGGCCUGCUUUGAACGGGGUGAGAACGUCGCCCUGAAGAUUCCCUUCAGCGGCAACCCACGGCCGAAGAUCACCUGGACAAAGGACGGCGAGGUGGUGGAGGCCGGGGAGCACUUUGGCCUGGAGGUGAAGGAGCGCCACGCGACGCUGACUAUUCGAAACGCCUCCAUGGAGGACAACGGCCCCUACACGAUCACGGCGGAGAAUGAGCUCGGCGUCGAUGUGGCCGUCAUCAACGUGAUGAUCAGCGACCGACCCGAUCCACCCCGGUUCCCCAUCAUCGAAUCGGUGGGCGAGGAGACGGUCAAUCUGAGCUGGAAGGCCCCGCUGUGGAACGGCGGCUCUCAGAUCACCAACUAUGUGAUUGAGAAGCGCGAGGUGGGCAUGCAGAGCUGGGUGCGGGCGGCGAACACCCGCUUCCUCCUCCACCAGAUCCAGAACCUGGCCCCCGGAAAGGAGUACGAGUUCCGCGUCCUGGCGGAGAACGUCUACGGCCGCUCGGAACCGUCGGAGAAGACCUCGAAGGUUCUGAUCAAGGGCAAGGGCGGCGACCGCCUGAAGCGGACGCCCUGGGAGGUGGACGAGCAGGGCCGGAAGGUCCGAGGAAGGGGUGAGAAGCAGGCGAACUACGACCAGUUUGUCUCCGACUACGACGGAACCUUUGCCAUGGCGGUCGACGUGAAAGCGAACCAGUCGGUCUACGACUAUUACGAGAUUCUGGAGGAGAUUGGCGUGGGGGCGUUCGGCGUGGUGCACCGCUGUCGGGAGAAGAAGAGCGGCCGCAUCUUUGCCGCCAAGUUCAUCCCGGUGUCGCAUCCGACGGAGAAGGCGCUGAUCAGGAAGGAGAUUGACAUCAUGAAUCAGCUGCACCACGUGAAGCUGAUUCGCCUGCAUGACGCCUUUGAGGAGGACGAUGAGAUGGUGCUCAUCUACGAGUUUAUGUCCGGUGGGGAGCUCUUUGAGCGGAUCACCGAUGAAAACUACCGCAUGACCGAGGCGGAGGCGGCCAACUUUAUGCGGCAGAUCAUCGAGGGCAUCCGCCACAUGCACGAGCGAAACAUCAUCCACCUGGACAUUAAGCCGGAGAAUAUCAUGUGCCAGAAGCGCAGUAGCAACCUGGUGAAGAUCAUCGACUUUGGCCUGGCCACGAAGCUGGACCCGCAUGAGAUUGUGAAGAUCAGCACCGGCACGGCGGAGUUUGCCGCGCCGGAGAUUGUCGAGCGCGAGGCUGUGGGCUUCUACACUGACAUGUGGGCCUGUGGUGUGCUGACCUACGUACUUCUGAGCGGCCUGACACCGUUUGCCGGCGAAAAUGACAUUGAGACGCUGAAGAACGUGAAGGCCUGCUCCUGGGACUUUGACCAGGGCGCCUUUGCUGGGAUCAGCGACGAGGCGAAGGACUUCAUUCGAAAGCUGCUGACGAAGGAGAAGGAAAAGCGCAUGACGGCCCACGAGUGCCUGGAGCACCCGUGGCUGAAGAAGCUCGCUGAGGAGGCGCUCAGUCAGGAGCAGAUCAGCGGUCGCAAGUACAUUGACAUUCGCGACCGCAUCAGGGCGAAGUACCCCAGCUGGGACCGGGCACUGGUGCCCAUUGGUCACAUUGCCAACUACAGCUCGCUGCGGAAGUUGCAGGAUGAGAAGUACAGCAUGGCCGAUUACUUCCUGGACCGACGGGAGGCGCUGCCGCGGUUUGUUUUGAAGCCACAGUCGACCAUCGCCUACGAGGGCCAGUCGGCGAAGUUCACCUGUCGGGUGAUUGCCGCGGCGCCGCCCACCCUCAGCUGGUACCACGAGGGCUCGGAGCUGAAGCAGUCGGUGAAGUUUAUGAAGCGAUACGCGGAGAAUGACUACGCCUUCACCAUCAAUCGCUGUAAGCUGGAGGACCGGGGCGAGUACAUGAUCCGCGCGGAGAACCAUUAUGGAAGCCGGGAGGAGCCGGUCUUCCUCAAUGUGCUUCCCCUGCCCAAAGAUGACUACCGACCGGCGGUGGAGGAGCCGAGGAGGAGGCGGGAGCCCCUGCCGACCUUUAAGUUGGACGAACCCGCCGACCGCGCGCCCUUCUUCACCUUUAUGCUCCGAACGCGAAUCAUCCAAAUGGGCAUCGGCGUCCGCCUCCUUUGCUGCCUGGAGGGCAAACCCUGGCCCACCAUUCGCUGGCUGAAGGACGGCCGCGAGCUGGGCAAGUCAGAGUACAACAUGACCGCUAAGGAUGGCGUCGUCACGCUGGACAUCACCGGCUGCCGACUGGAGGACGCCGGCAAGUACACCUGCAUCGCCUCCAAUCACCUCGGCUCCACCGAGACCAGCUGCUCGGUGAUUGUCGAGGCGAAGCGGGCGGUUAGCCCGUCGCCGGCGAGGUCCGGCUCACCUGCUGCUGGUUCACGGAUAGGCACACCACUGCCGCCGUACAUCAGCUCGGUGCCCACUCCGCUGGAGGCGUACUACAGCAGCGGCGGCGCCAGUACG